AUGGCACUCGGGGGCCCGCUGGCCGUCGAGUCCGUUGGCCGGGGAUCCCGCGCGGCCGAGCGGCACGAUGUGAGCUGCGGGGCGGGCGGCGGGAUCACUGCACCCCUGCGGGUAGCCCUCCAUCCCUCCCUCCAUCCCUGCGGCCGCCGCCACCCGCAGAGCAGCAUGCGGUGAUCACCGCCAGCCAACCGGGUCCUCAUUGCCGUACCUGGAAAGACCAGUCCUCUGAGCAAGCCCAUGCUGGACACCUCUCCUUCCAGCCUUCCAUCUGAGCCAAUCAGCUGGAGCCACAGUCAAGAUGGCAGCCAAGCAGCCCCCACCUCUCAUGAAGAAGCACAGCCAGACGGAUCUAGUGAGCCGUCUCAAGACCCGGAAGAUCCUUGGAGUUGGAGGGGAGGAUGAUGACGGAGAGGUGCACCGGUCAAAGAUCAGCCAGGUCUUGGGAAACGAAAUCAAGUUUGCCGUUCGGGAACCCUUAGGGCUUCGGGUGUGGCAGUUUGUUUCGGCUGUCCUCUUCUCCGGCGUUGCCAUUAUGGCCCUCGCCUUCCCCGACCAGCUCUACGAUGCCAUCUUUGAUGAAGCCACAGUGACCAGCAAGACCCCCAUCCGGCUCUAUGGUGGGGCGCUCCUCAGCAUCUCGCUCAUCAUGUGGAACGCCUUGUACACAGCUGAGAAGGUCAUCAUCCGCUGGACCCUGCUGACAGAAGCCUGCUACUUUGGGGUCCAGUUCUUGGUGACCACCGUCACCCUGACUCAGAGCGGACAGAUCUCCAUGGCGGCUCUUCUCCUCCUCGCAAGCCGCAUCCUCUUCACCCUCAUCAGUGUUUACUACUACUACCAAGUGGGGCGGAGAACCAAGAAAGUCUAGAGCAGAGAAAACCAGCUGCUUGGCCAGUUUGGGCUUGGAAAGGACAGAUUGUGGCUGGAUCCCUGUAAGGUUGGGGUUUCAUAUGUUUUUAAUCUUGGUUGCUCCCUUGAGUCUUAAAGGGACCCCUUCUUCCACUUCCUGGAGGAGCCCCCUUGAGUGGAUGGGAGGGAGGGAGAGGGAGGGAAGGAGGGAGGCUACUCGAUGGGCUCAAGCUCGAUGGGCAGGCUGGUGGGGGUAGGGACCUGACAUGGGAGAGGGGAUGACAAAGAGGCAUCUUGCCAAGCCACCUGGCUACUACCCUUUGAGAGAAUGAAGCCCAGGUUCCAUGUCCCCCCCACUUCUUGGUGGGCCUUGGGUUGGGGAAACCUCGAGGCUAGCCCCUCCUGGAAAAAUCUAGUAGUGAUGAGCCCUCCUCUAGAUUUCCUGAAGCACCUCCCUCUUGGUCUCCACUUACCACCUCCCCCAUCCUCACUUAGUGAGCCGGGGAAGUGGAGUGAGGAUUAUGGACCAUAUCUUGGGGCUGACCAGGAACUCCAGUCACGGUUGUGGCAUUAAUGGAGGGGGACUGCUGACUACAGGGCUCGAGUCCAUGGACCUUUUGGGGGCUCAGCAAUGACAGAGGGGAUCUGGUUCGGAGGAACCUCAGAAUUGACAGUUGGUGCCCCAAUCUCGCCCCCAGCCACUUCCACCCUUCCUGUCAGGACAGCAGCUGUCGGCCCUCAAAGAAAUGUCCUAUCCAAGGUGUUGAGAAGCACCUUGUGUGGGGUCCGGGAGUGAUGGAGUGGUCAGGCAGAGGCUGGUACUUGGGGGAUGGGGACCAGUGGUGGCGGGGAGGAGGAGGAGGAGGAGGAGGAGGAGGAGGUCGCCACAGUGGCCAGAAGGGGAAGAAGCAGGACAACCCAUGUCAAUCCCCAUUUGAGGGAGGAGCAACAGAACCAAAGUGUUUGCCUUGCUUACUCUGCCUCUCCCCUCUUCCAGUCUUCACCACACAUCUCUUCUCCCUGCAUCCCUCGCUGACCUCUCUGCCCCAAGAGGAUGGCGAGAGGUCCUAGGUUGGGCAUGGGCGGCCUCCUCAAACCACUUCAGCUGCCUGUUUGACCUGGCCCACCAACCCCCGAGCACUCAUCUGGAGAAAGGGGCCUCCUCAGAAAACAACCCCAGCAAUGGCAAGAUCGUGGUCAUUAUCAUUGAUUGGGGGUCCCCUAGACCGUAAGCUCCUUGUGGGAGGGGAACGUGUCUACCAACUCCAUUGUGGUGUACUCUCAGUCAAUUAAUCGUACUUAUGGAGUGCUUACUGUGUGCAAAGCACCCUCCCAAGCACUUAGUACAGUGUUCUGCCCACGGUAAGCACUCAAUAAAUACGAUUGACUGAGUGAUUGAUUGACCGGAAUGGCCCAUCUUGCUUUGCUGGGAUAGCAGGGCAAACCCGUCCCCUGCUGUCUGAACAGUAGGGAUGUGCCUGAACAGGUGGAAGUCCUUGCGUUAACAAACACAAGACGAGGCCUGCUCUCUGAUUCCUCCAUCCACUGCCAACUCAGGCAGUUCUCAUACCCCGGAGAGCCGGGAUGCCAGAGGAGUGAGCAAACAGAGCUAAUGGAAGAGGAAGACUAGCCGGGGGGAGGGAAGGAAUCCUUUCCCUCUUCAGCCUCUGGGCUUGCCCAUACCCGUGAGCAACGCAGAAGUUUCAGUGAGACAAGGAGGCUCCUACCAAAUUCCUGUCACUAGUCAUGUCCCCCUUGUUGUUCAGGAAUGAAUCAAGAAGGCUGACCCAGAAGGGAGUGGAAGGGAGAUUAUGGAGUCUCAGGCAGGUAAAAGCAGAGCCCACCUCUCUAAGAUCAUUGAAACCAACUGGGGGCUUUUGGAAGUGCUUCCAUAAUGGAGGACGCAUCUGAAGUUUGCUGUUUGGCACCCCCUCCCCCAGGUGACCUGACCCCACUUGGGUGGCCGGCUAUCUUUUCUGGACACACACACACUGCAGAUCUCUUCCUUCACCUCAACACACCCACGGGUUCCUUCGUCAAGUCAGAAACCACCUUGUAAAUAGUAGGGUUAGCAUAUGCAAAAAAAAAUGAUUUUGUGCUGGAUUCGACUGUGUUUGCCUCUGUGCGGUCCCUCCCCUUGACUGCACUGCCACUGCCCUCUGCUCUGCUCUUUUCUUCCCUCUUCUUUCCUCUCCUCCAGACCAGAACAGCAAUGGACUUUACAGCUGCAUGUACUGGUAAUAGUAUUUAUUAAGCACUUACUGUGUGCUAAGCACUAUACUAAGCACUGGGAGAAAACAGACAGGUGGGAAUUAAACAUGGCCCCUGUCCUGUGAGGAAAGAACCGAACCAGCAGCACCCCCAACCCCAACCCCUGCCACCCUAUCUGUUAACCUCUAUAUUCAUAUUCUUGUUUUUUUUCUUGCUUUAAUGGUGCCUUUUGAGCAGGAAAGACCGAAGCUCAUGCGGUAAUCCAGAAAGACCGUCGUAAUGUGUGAUUUCAUUUUUUGCUGUUGCAAGACUCUUUGUUCACUAAACUUGAUACCUCAAUAUCAUAAAUAAACAAAAUACAUUCAGAAACCAA